GGAGGCGAUGGAAACUAUGUGAGAGCUUGUUGUUAAUAUGUGGCAGCUAAGGCUUUCUCUCUCCUCCUCUGAAUCGCUCUCUCUCUCUCUCUCCCUCUUCGUAGUCUUCUUCUUCAAUUAAAUCGCCUAACGCUAAGAAGAGCAACGUAAAACCAUAACACCCAUUUUUUGCUUCCUCAGUUUCUCCGUCCUCUCUCUCUCUAUAAAUAUAUAUAUAUAUAUAUUAUAUAUAGGCUGUUAUAUAUACGGAGAGAGUUCAGUCUCGUUGCUCUUCUCAAUUCCCAUUUCUGUAUCUCUUUUUGGGUGUUGGAUUUUGGGAUCAAAUGGCUACCAUUUUUCAUGGUAUUGGAGCUUCCACGGCUUUAUCAGCCACCUCCAAGUCUAACGCUUUGGAUUCGAACAAAUUCCAUGUCCCAUCUCGUAGAUCUCUCUCGGGGAGGAAAGCUAGCUUCUUUUGUGUCAGAUCCGAGCUGAACUCUGGUACGAAUCCGAGAGGUCGACGUGCUGAUCACCUUGUUAUGAACGCUGUUGCAACCAAGGCGGAUAGCUCUGCGGCAUCCACGGCAUCGAAACCAGGCCAUGAACUUCUACUUUUUGAAGCCUUAAGAGAAGGUUUGGAUGAAGAAAUGGAAAGGGAUGCUACUGUUUGUGUUAUGGGUGAAGACGUUGGACACUACGGAGGUUCUUACAAGGUGACCAAAGGCAUGGCUGACAAGUAUGGGGAUCUUAGGGUUCUUGACACCCCUAUUGCUGAGAAUUCCUUUACAGGUAUGGGUAUUGGAGCUGCCAUGACUGGUCUGCGACCAGUUGUUGAAGGUAUGAACAUGGGAUUUCUCCUUCUGGCUUUUAACCAGAUCUCUAACAACUGUGGUAUGCUUCAUUACACAUCUGGUGGCCAGUUCAAGAUUCCAAUAGUUAUUCGAGGACCUGGUGGAGUGGGUAGGCAGCUUGGGGCUGAGCACUCGCAGCGUCUGGAGUCAUAUUUUCAAUCUAUUCCUGGAAUCCAAAUGGUGGCGUGCUCAACUCCAUAUAAUGCCAAGGGCUUGAUGAAAGCUGCUAUUAGAAGUGAGAACCCUGUGAUUCUCUUUGAGCAUGUGUUGCUUUACAAUCUCAAGGAGAGAAUUCCAGAUGAAGAAUAUAUAUGUAAUCUUGAGGAAGCGGAAAUGGUAAGACCUGGAGAGCAUGUCACCAUACUAACAUACUCCCGGAUGAGAUAUCACGUGAUGCAGGCUGCAAAAACUUUGGUGAACAAGGGUUAUGACCCUGAAGUGAUCGAUAUCAGGUCACUGAAGCCAUUUGAUCUUCACACAAUCGGGAAUUCAGUGAAGAAGACACAUCGUGUGCUGAUUGUAGAGGAGUGCAUGAGAACUGGCGGGAUUGGUGCCAGCUUAACAACCGCAAUCAACGAAAACUUCCACGAUUAUUUGGACGCCCCAAUUAUUUGUCUGUCUUCUCAGGAUGUGCCAACCCCAUAUGCCGGGUCACUGGAGGAAUGGACUGUGGUUCAGCCUGCCCAAAUCGUCACCGCAGUCGAGCAGCUCUGUCAGUAAUUUGAAGAACCCAAAAUGAGCAUAAAUUGGUUCACCUACUUUAGUAGUCCCACCUGAGAAACUUUUGAAAUUUUUUAUUUGAGUUCAGGUAUUGAUAGUUAUUUGGUGGUGUUAUAAGAACUAGUAACUAUUUAUGAUGUCAAAGGUUCCUAGUUUGGUUUGCCUUUUGGUUUAGUUGAAUGAAAUGUAAGGUUCAGUCGUUCACUACCCCAGGUAGAGUGAAAUCACCAACUUUCUUUCCCA